CAAACCAUGAAUUACGUUGGACAGUUAGCAGGGCAAGUGUUUGUAACUGUGAAGGAGCUCUAUAAGGGAAUAAACCCAGCCACAUUGUCAGGAUGUAUAGACAUAAUUGUUGUACGUCAGCCAGAUGGAAAUCUUCAGUGUUCCCCUUUCCAUGUACGCUUUGGGAAGAUGGGAGUCCUACGUUCUAGGGAGAAAGUGGUUGACAUAGAAAUUAAUGGAGAGGCCGUAGAUUUGCACAUGAAACUAGGAGACAAUGGAGAGGCCUUUUUUGUGCAAGAGAUGGAUAAUGAUAAGGAGGUAAUUCCUUAUCAUCUCUCCACAUCUCCUAUUUUGUCUGAGGGAACUGCUUUAAUGGAAGCUCAGCUGAAGAGGAACUCCAUAGACAGGAUAAGAAAUCCGGACACCGGUGCAUCCUCACAAGUACCACCCCAAGCCCAUGGAUCCCAGACUGCUAUUGAAACAUCUCCAGUCUGUAGCUCUGUGAAAAAAAGGAGGAAAAAGAGGAGAAAGUCUACCCAUAAAAUAGACAGCUUAAAAAGAGAAGACAAUGGAGACACGUCAGAAGAUGAAGAUAUGUUUCCUAUAGAGAUUAGCUCAGAGGAAGAAAAAGAACCAUUGGACAAUUCAAGGGUCCCUGUUCCGGAUGUGUUUAUCGAUGACUUAUCUGAAAUAAAGGCUCCUGCAGUUUCUACAUUUUCUCAGUCUGCAUCUUACCCUCAUUCAGAUGGAGAAUGGUCACCUCUUCAAAGUAAGCCUAUAGAUUGUGCAGGGCAGUCCUCUCUCCUCACUGUUCCAGCUGAUGGAGGCCUAUCUAGCUCUUGUCCUCAACAAUCUUCUCACUUUUCUCCUCCAGACAGCCUAUCAGGUUCACGCCCACCUACUCCUCAAAGUGACUCAGAAUUAGUCAGUAAACCUACGGACAGAAGUGGACUGAAGAAUAAUCCCCACAUGCACUGGGCAUGGGGAGAGCUACCCCAGGCUGCAAAGGCCAGCUCUCUGCUCAAAGCAAAGGAACCCAGCGUGGUGGAUGUAAAUCCUUCUGAAAGCACUCACUUUCGGGUCAUCCAGAGUUCUCCUGUAGAGGAGUUUAAUACUGUAUGUCCUCUACCUGCCCUUGGACAAGCAGAUGCAACAACUGCUGAUGAAAAUGAACCCUUACCAGCUGAGACAAAUAAGCCAGAGACAGAGUCUCCAGAAGCAGCUGUACCACCGUUGCCUGCCAAUGAAGAAAUAAAACAAGCUGCAGCUUGCUCAGCUCAACCAGCUGGCAAGACAGAUUCCCCUUCCAGAAAGAAAGACAAACGAAGCCGGCAUCUUGGUGCUGAUGGUGUCUAUUUAGAUGACCUCACUGAUAUGGAUCCAGAAGUUGCUGCACUUUAUUUCCCCAAGAAUGGGGAUAAUGCCCAAAGCAAGAACACAACCGACACAGCGCCGCGCUCUGCCAGCCAGUCCCCGCAGUCUGUCGGGAGCUCAGGUGUUGACAGUGGAGUUGAAAGCACCUCGGAUGGAAUUCGAGAUUUGCCCUCCAUUGCCAUUUCUCUCUGCGGAGGCCUUACUGACAACAAAGAAAUAACCAAAGAAGAAUUCUUAGAACAUGCAGUAACAUAUCAGCAAUUUGUGGACAAUCCUGCUAUCAUUGAUGACCCUAACCUCGUGGUUAAGAUUGGAAAUAAGUACUACAACUGGACAACAGCUGGUCCCCUUCUGCUAGCAAUGCAGGCAUUCCAGAAACCUCUGCCAAAGUAUUCAUGCUUAAGUUACUUCAGAGCAGCUCUGGAUACCAUUAGAUUUUGCUUUAAUAGAAUUUAUGGUCCACAGACAGCUACUGUGGAAUCUAUAAUGAGGGACAAGAUGCCCAAAAAAGGUGGAAGGUGGUGGUUUUCAUGGCGAGGGAGGAACAGCACUAUUAAAGAGGAAGCAAAGCCAGAGCAAGGGAGUGGACUUACAGGAGAAGACUCUUCACAGAUGAGCAUGGCAAACAGAAUAAAAGAUGAAUCUUCUUCAAGCGAUGAAGACCCUAGAGCUGCCAAACAAAACCUCGGGUCAUUACAAACCAACUCAAGUCAUCUCUCAUUAUUGUCUGGAAUCAGUUACAAAAAAACACUUCGACUCACUUCUGACCAGCUUAAAAGCUUAAAGCUCAAGAAUGGCCCCAAUGAUGUGACCUUUAGUGUUACAACACAGUAUCAAGGCACUUGCCGCUGCGAAGGCACCAUUUACCUAUGGAAUUGGGAUGAUAAAGUUGUUAUUUCUGACAUUGACGGAACAAUCACACGGUCAGAUACUUUAGGUCAUAUUUUGCCGACUCUUGGCAAAGACUGGACACACCAAGGGAUUGCAAAGUUGUACCAUAAAGUGAGCCAGAAUGGAUAUAAAUUUUUGUAUUGCUCAGCACGCGCUAUUGGAAUGGCAGACAUGACCAGAGGAUACUUGCAUUGGGUCAAUGAACGAGGAACCGUGCUGCCUCAAGGGCCACUCUUGCUGAGUCCAAGUAGCUUAUUUUCAGCUCUUCACAGGGAGGUGAUAGAAAAGAAGCCAGAAAAAUUUAAAGUUCAGUGUUUGACAGACAUCAAAAAUUUAUUUUAUCCUAACACAGAACCUUUUUAUGCUGCUUUUGGAAACAGGCCUGCUGAUGUUUAUUCAUACAAACAGGUGGGAGUUUCUUUAAACAGGAUAUUUACAGUUAACCCCAAAGGAGAACUUAUACAAGAGCAUGCAAAGACAAACAUCUCAUCCUAUGUCAGACUUUGUGAAGUGGUAGAUCACAUUUUCCCUUUGCUGAAAAGAAGCCAUUCUUCAGAUUUCCCUUGUUCUGAUACCUACAGUCAGUUCACCUACUGGAGAGAACCUCUGCCACCUUUUGAAACUCGGGAUGUACAUCCAGCCUCAUCUUAACGGCAUCUCCAAACUGUUGGUUUCAGCUCAAAGAAUGAGUUAGCUUUUAUUGAAAGGACACCACUUGGCUUCUGCUGUUGACAGUUCAGCUGGAAUCUGUGAUGUUGUGAGCAUUGUAUUAUUUUGCUGUGAGCAAAUCUAAAAAUGCUUUUUCAUACUUUGUCACAUUUCCAGAUGACAAGAAGGAGUUUUACUGGGAACAGGAGUUUUGUUUCUAGCUCUUCACCCAGCUGCUCCCAUUGUGCCAUACAGUUUCAUUAUUUAAGGUCAAAUAAAAAAGAAGUGAUGUUGGAAUUGAAGUUAAACAUGUCAUAAGGUCAUAAAGUUCUGUAUCUUUUCUGCAUCACUGAAGUAAUUUUUCAUCUCAUCAGAACCCCCUGCAAGUAAGGGAGCUGAAGGUGCUCACCAUUCCUGACACUGUUUGGUGACACCAACAAGGAUUGCAGUCCAUAUGUCAAAAUGCCUUUCUCUGAAGGAGCGAAUGAUUCUUCCUCUUUCCCCUUGCUUGACCAACAACUGUUUGUUUAAGGGUUAAUUACUGGGCUAGAUCCUCAGCUGUUGUGAAUCAGUGUAGCUAUCAAAACUAAUAGAGCUGUGUUGAUUUAUUCCAGCCUGUUGUUUUGACAAGGUAACACUUUUCUGAGGAAAUAACUGAUGUGUAAUCUAAACAGAAAGCAGAUGAAGUAAGGUGGCCAGAUUCUGGCAGUAUUUCUCAAUUUGAGACGUACCAUGCUUCAAGAAUAGCUGUUUGGAUUAAGGUAAGUGUGCAAGUGGAAGAAACGGGCUGCUGUGCAUAGUGCCCAUCUUACUGAUAUCAGUGAUUUUCAGUAAAGACAUAUAACCCACAAAAUCUGCUGAGUUUCAAGACUGUUACUGAGCCAAGAAUACUGAGGAUUUUGUCGAAAUGGAAUAGUUUUAUUUGAAACAUUAUUUUAGUUAAAAUGUGAACUUCGAUGCUGGUGUGAAUGAUGCAUCUCAGGUUUUUACUGUAUGGAUUUUUUUGUUGUUGUAUCAUAAAGAACGGAUACUUCUAGUGCAAUUUACUUUCCUUUAAGAUAAUGAAAUCUCCUCUUUAAUCUUUUUUUUUUUUCCCCCUUAUUUAUCCAGACACAAGCUGUAGAUACUGUUUUUGCUACCUGCUUUUGACAGCCUUAAGACUUAACUGUGCGUGCUAAAAGCAAUACUGCAGAUCAGUUGAUAAUGUUUUCCAAAUGGUCUGCCUUUACAUGAUGCGGUACUUUACUUAAAAUGUAGACAUCAAGUGACUACAUGCCAAAUGAUUCUCAAAUGUGCUUGUAGCUAGGAAGGAAACUUUUUUUUUUUUUCCUUUUAAAAUAUAUUUAAAAGUCUAAUUGUUCUCUGAAACACUGAAAAUGGCAUCAUGGGAUUCCAUGUAUAUUGUAUUUCAAUAUAGCUAAAACAGUGGUUCACAAGCUGUGAUCUCUGCCAGCUUGUGAUCUGUAAGGCUAUUGUACAUGUUUUGCAGCUGCUUUGUAGUGUUUUCAGUUAGGACUUUAAUAAUAGGAAGGCAGAGUAGUCCAGGAGAAGUUUUAAGACGCGAUUGUGAUAAGUUAGAACCCAAAAGGUUGGGAGCAGCUGCUCUGCGUCACAUUUGUUCUGUUUCAAAAAAUUCUGGUUUUGCAUGUCACGAGCGAUAGCAAUGUAGGUAGGAUGGUAAUUCUAUAGUAGGGUUUUUUAACUUUUAGUGCCACAGACUUUAUCUGGGAUAUCAGGGGGCCAAUUUAUGAUUUCUCUGUGCCUUCAAUAGUAAUGAAUAUAAGUGCAAUCCUUUAUACAGCUGCAGUGUGCAGUGGUGAGCCCUCCCUGUCUUCCUUUUCACAUGAACGUUGCUGCUUCGGGCAAGGUGCGCGCCCACUCUGGAGGUACGAGGAUUAGACAAACACAAAGAGGAAGAAACACGUGUUUAAUAACCCAGACUGGUUGUGCUCUCUUGAAAGUUUAAAGAAAAUGCAAAUAUAUUUUUACUUAAAAAUGGAAGAAAUGUGGUAUGGAUUUUCAGAAAAGACAAUCAGUGAGGAUUGCAGGUUGCCAAACUGAGAUGGUUGCAUCUCUAAAUAUAGCCACACUUUCCUUUAAAUAUCUAUUAAUGCUUGUCAUUAAUGAUUGAAUAAAUGGAUAAAUAUACUAACUGCAUCCUAUUUUAAUUCAGUUUCCGUAAAGGUUUGUUUCAAUCCAUUUAUUAUGCGAAAUAAAAGCAAACCAACCCUUCAGUAAAAGGCUGUCAGUUUUGUGGUUUUUGUCCUUAACCAGUAGUUCAGAUCUAUUUUCCGAAGGUACCAUAUACUGUAGCUUCCACCAGAAAAGAUGGGCUCUGGAAGUUCUCCACAAUUAAAGCUUGUGUUGUAUUUAUUUAUAACUUAAUAAAUAGCUAAUCCAGGAUUGUUUGUUGCCAUUAGUAUUUCAAACCAAAUGAUAGCAUGAAUUUGGUCAUUUGGAUUCUGUGAGCCUGGUGGGCGUCGUGCAGCGCUGGUACGGGUGACCCUGCGCCGCUGCGGAGUCUCUGUCCGGGAGGUUUUAAAGACUUGGUUAAAGAGAGUUAUGGCUGACUUGAUGUAGUGUUGGCAAUCUUCUGCUUCAGGCAUGAAAUUGGACGGGAUGACCUCCAGGGGUCCCUUCUGACCAACAUUUCUGUGAUUCUGUGGAAGUUAAAUGCCUGACUUCUGACAUACUCUAUACCCCUUUGUGUCUGUGGGUUGAAAUACAGCUGAGCAGUGAAACAAAUGUGUGUUUCUAUAACUAAUGUUUAUCAGAUUUGCUCACAGAAAAGACACUUACAAAAAUCAAAGUUUUGACCUGCUAGAAACAUCGCCAUACUUUUUCAGAGAUAAGACAUUUUGAUUUGUUAGCUGAGCAAUUUUAUGCAUAAUAUUUAAAAUGCUUUGUUAAUUCAUGUAGAAGAAAAAGGGAUGGUUUAACAAAUUCCUACUCUUUCUGUGAAAGAAAAAAUUCAACCUUGCUUGCAGUGUAAUGCUGGUUUCUGUUAUAGAAAGAAUAUUUGGCUGACAUAAAUAUGUAGACACAUUAAAUCACAGUAUAUUCUAUUUAUACAAUACACGUAAACUAGGAUAUGCAGCAGUGAGGAGUGACUAAUGUUUAUUUUUGUGAAGCUGAUGACCAUACCCCUCCAGCUGUGUCAUGUGAGGGAAAGAAUACCAUAAUUGUUGCAUUAAUUACACCGAAGAUAAAAUGUUACUGCUGUAAUUUGGAGAAGGAGGAGAAAGAGAGUAUUGGGUAUCUGUAGAUAUAUUUGUAGAUAUAGAUUAUUACUUCAAAGCCUAUUUAUAUACAGUGUUUACUCUGUAUAUAUGUAUGUGCUACUGCAAUCAUGAGAAUAAUUUUAACACCUCAUUUUGAUCUGCUGGAUGCAACAAGGGUAGAAAUAUAUAUUGUAAUAAAGGCAAAUAGAAAUUUUUCUGA